UCCUGUCCAUUAUAGGAUAUUUAGCAGCAUCCCUGGCCUCUACCCAGAUGCCAGCAGUACCUCCCACUAAGUCAUGACAACCAGAAGUAUCUCCAGACAUGGCCAAAUGUCUUCUAGGGGGCAAAAUCACUCUCAGCUGAAAAACACUGGACUAGAGAGAUACGCAUGGGCCAGAUUGUAUGGCCCUGUUAAGGAGUUUUGCUCUAUUCUGUGGCCCAUGGGAAGCCUCUUAGGGAUAUAAAAGGGGGAAAGGGGAAUGACACAAUCAGAAUUGCAUUUGUAAAAGUUCCCCAGCCAGCAGUGAGUAAAAUGGAGAGGAGGGAAAGCCCAGGCCAGAGGAGUCAUGCAUAGGCCAUUUAAGAGCCUAGGCCAGUUUAGAAGCUCCUAGACUAGUCCUCAUGACAUAUAAUAGCUUGGACUAGAGUAGUGGGUAGUGGAGAUGGGAAGAAGUGAAACGGGAAAGUUCCCUGAUUUCCCCUCUUAGAAUGUGCAACAGGGAUGUGGCUCACCUGUUCAAUGGUCCUGCAGCUUAAACGCCAAGGAGUAGCAUGCAGACGGGCAGGUGCAGAGGCCAGGGCAAGUGCUUUGUGCUCUCAGCCCCACUUAGUGUCUAGCAGUGGGUGCCUGCAACCCCAGUGUUACAAAGCCCUUUCAGCUUUGCUGUCUGCAGAUGGCUUGAGUGCUAAUCAGCUCAAUGAACCCUCUGCCUUUUCACAAGGGCAGAGGGCCAGUGUGACAGCCCUCUGUAUCCCGAGCUCUUGCCCAGUGUCCCAGGAGAAUCGGAUCACACGCGGCCUCCAAGGAUGGGUGCAAGGUCCACGGCAUCCAAUUCAUGGAGUUCUCGGAAGUGGAGAACCAGGAUGACUACUACAGCACGGAAGCUGGCUGUAUCCACACCCAGGACCAGCAAGGGGUGCAUGUCAUGUAUGAGGAAGCCUUGAGUGAUCUCAAGGAACUAGAGGCAGAGUUGCUGCUUGUGGCUAGCCAUUACAUUGAGAAAGAAAGGGGUCACAAAGUGGGCAGCCAGCCAAAGAGUGGCCAGGACUGGGGAUGGGCCCAUGCAGGUGUGGACAGAUUAGCUGUGCUCUCUGACAUAUGGACUUGGGAAGCAGCUCUUCUGGAAAACAAGCGCCAGCUUCUUGACAGUUACUUUGAAGCCUACCAGCACACGUUGGACCCUGAGGAGAGGUUUGCCUUAGCACAAGUGAUGACGGACAUCGUGCACCGGCGCCCGAGGUUUGAUCUCAGCCACCCCUAUUUCGUUAAGGCCUACCGAGAGGAAUGCACCUGCCUGAGGCUUCACCUGCAGUUAGUGAGGGGCAUCCUCACCCAGCAGAUAGAACGUCAGCGGGAGUAUGUCCAGAGGAUUUGGCGAGAGGAUCAUCUGGACAAUAGCAAUACAUUUGGACUUCCCCUUAAUAUAGUUUGCAAACAACUUAUUUCCAUCAACAAUAGCUGCCCGGCUUCAAAAAAUGUUUAUCUGCUGGAGUUCCACCCUUCCCUCAGCCUGGUAGCGCUUAUCCCCAAAGCCCUAGAGCAUCUCUUCCAAGAGGCCUGCCAUGCCUGCAGACCCACAUCAGCCAGUGGCCUCGCCUCCCUGGAGCGACAUGUUCUGCAGCUGGCCCUGGGCCUGUGGCUCACCCCAGCCACGCCUGAGGCCUGCUACAGUGCACAGCUCCAGAAAGAUCUGUUUUCAGCUAAAGUUAUGGGAGAUCCCUUUCUCGUGGGGGAGAUAGGCCUGCUGGCAUUCAAGUCUGCAGCAGAUGAAGGACGGAAACAAGGCCAAGACUCUCAUGUGCUACUCUUGGAGAUGUUUUCCAAACUUCUGGAACUCUUGACCCUCCGCCACCGGCUGAUAGAAAUGAGCCUGGAGAGUGCACACUUAGCUCGGCUGUAUAAAGAAUUGGCAUGGGAGAUGGGUUUUGAAGAGUUCCAUUUGUAUCUGAGGCCUGUUCACUUUGAAUUUGCAUCACACAGGGACAGGGCAGACCAGCCACCUCCUGUCUUUAUAACCUCUCUGCUGGAGGACAGUGGUCGGGUAGACAGAUAUUCUCCUACUGCUCUUGUCUUAGCCAUCUCUGAGGUGGAUGAUAACCAAAUUGGCAAAUUUAGUUUUUACACAAAGGAAGCCAUUCUUAAGCUCUUGUUGCAUUCAGGAGUGGAAAAUAUGCAGGUGACUCUUGCUUGUCAAGCUGCUCAGAAAAAUGCUUUGAUGGUGGCUGUCCAGCAGGUGUACUUCUAUCACACCCCGCAAGGGAGCUGUCCUGCUAAUGUCGAGGUAAGCCUGCAUGACAGAGAAGCCAGAGGCAUGUCAUCACUCCCACCAGCUAAUGUCAGGCUGCCCCUUUCUUCCUUCCUUUUUUCCCUUCUCCCUUUCUCCCUUUCUUUCUCCCUUGCCCCCUAG